AUGCCCGACACCGAAACUCAGACCGUCGCUCAAGCAGCGCAAGCAGAGGUCAAUGAACUCGUGGACAAUAAUGUCGACAGUACCGACUCCGAGCUCAGAUACAUGGCCUACGGUGCCCGUCUGAGAACCGCGCUGCGAGCUGGCUCCAGGUAUAUCGCAUAUACGAGUGACAUUGGGGAGGCCUUUCGCCCAGUAGUUCCCCCGUGGAUGGUGACGGCAGCGUAUGGGGUUUCCUGGCUUUAUCUCACUGGGGAUGUCACCUAUGAAUCGUACAAGGCUCAUCGCCGCGGGCCUACGCCGGUCGAAGCCGCUCAUUUCUCUGAGGCGACACGCAUAACAUUCGUCGCUGUAGAACGCGCCUGCUUCCAGUCCAUCGCUUCCAUGGCCCUCCCCGCUUUCACCAUCCAUACAGCCGUGCGGAUGGCUACGGGAGCAUUUAAGAACGUGCAGAAUCCCCGGGUAAAGUCUUGGGGCCCUACCGUCACCGGCCUCGCAAUCGUGCCCGUCCUUCCUUAUCUGUUCGAUCAUCCCGUCGAAUCAGUCACAGAAAAGGCGUUUGAGUGGGUUAAACAGAAGGUAGCGGAGCAACAGGCCCAGCAGCCCGACCGGAAGGAUGAGCUAUGA